ACAUGAUUCAUGCGCAUUGAGCGCUGACAGCGAGCGCCAUGAGCCUAAUGAGUGACUGACCGGUCGAUCACGACGCGGUACAUUCAUUCGCGAUGGUCGCAAUCUGCUCUUCGCCGACUUACCAAGAAUGACAUCAGUGACUGCCAGCGUCGACUUCACGGGUCUCGCAGACGUCCUCGAGUCAGAUGCUGCCAUCAGGGAAUCAAUUCGGGAUGCCACCCGCGAUCUCGAGUUGCCCGUCAAGACGAUGCUGGCCAGCCUCAACGCGAUCCAUUCAUCGUCCUCCCACGAGUCCAUCGUCGAGCGUGCACGCAGUCAGAUCCCAGAGAUCGUCACGAGACUGGCCAAGCUAGUCUCGUUGAUCCCAUCCCAACAAUUCUGGCGAUUCCACGAGAGCUUCAAUAGGACGAUACAGUCCAUCUGCUUUGGACUCUGUCUGAUCGUCUAUCUCGAGUCAGAGUCUCUUGCGACAAAGUCAGAGGUAGAGACCGUGCUCGGACUGAGGAAAGACCAGCAAGAUCGCUUUUCGCUAAGCACAGAGGACUACCUGCAUGGCGUCAUCUCCAUGGUCAAUGAGCUCUCACGCCUCGCUGUCAAUUCGGUGACCAUGCAGGCCUAUCAGACACCCGUCAAAAUUUCGCUCUUCCUCAAGGAGCUCUCUGCAGGCUUCAGUCUGCUCAACCUGAAGAACGACAGUCUCCGGAAGCGUACAGAUAGCAUCAAGUAUGACCUCAAAAAGACUGAAGAAGUCGUAUACGAUCUCACCCUGCGCAAUCUUUGCGGUCCAGCAAGCGAAUCAGCAGCAGAUUCGAGCCGCAAGCGCGCUCGCAGCAACGAAGCACAGAUAAACGGCAAACGAGAGGAUGACAUGAAUAUGGCCAUGGCCUCUUAGGCUUUCCCCAGCCAGAGCAGUCAGAACGUAAACAAAACAAAAAUGUAUUGUGUCUGUUGUAUGAUCAUUGUCGGCGUACUUUCUUUGGUGAUACAACUCUGAAGUCAGCCCGGCCGGUGCACGAGCUCGACCUGUCUCCCC